GGUCGCCCGCUCCCGGCGCCUGGCGGCUGGCGGCGCGCCCACCUGGCGGGGCGGCCGCGGGGAGGGCGGGCCGGGGCGGGACCGCGAGGAGAGGAGCCGUCGCCCUUCGCCUCCCGCCGCCGCCUCCGCACUCCCCGCGCGGCCGGCCACAUGGAGACGCCCGAGGAGCCCGGGCCCGGGUCCCGCAGCCCGGAGGCCGCCCCCGAGCGCCGCGGGCCGCGCUGCUCGCCCUGCCCGCCCUGCCCGCCCUGGCCCCACUUCCGAGAGGAACUGAGGGCGCUCCUGGCCCUGGCGGGCCCCGCGUUCCUGGCCCAGUUGAUGGUGUUUCUGAUCAGUUUCAUAAGCUCCGUGUUCUGCGGCCACCUGGGAAAGCUGGAAUUGGAUGCCGUCACACUUGCAAUCGCAGUGAUCAAUGUCACUGGUAUCUCCGUGGGAUUUGGCUUAUCUUCCGCUUGUGACACCCUCAUGUCUCAGACGUACGGCAGCCCCAACAAGAAGCACGUGGGGGUCAUCCUGCAGCGGGGCGCGCUCAUCCUGCUGCUCUGCUGCUUCCCCUGCUGGGCGCUCUUCCUCAACACCCAGCACCUCCUGCUGCUGCUCCGGCAGGACCCGGCCGUGUCCAGGCUUACCCAUACCUAUGUCAUGAUCUUCAUUCCAGCUCUUCCUGCGACGUUUCUUUACACGUUACAAGUUAAAUAUCUGCUCACCCAGGGAAUCAUACUGCCCCAGAUCCUAACCGGAGUUGCAGCCAACCUCGUCAACGCUCUCGUCAACUAUCUGUUUCUCCACGAACUGCAUCUUGGGGUGAUGGGCUCAGCACUGGCCAACUUGAUUUCCCAGUUCUCCCUGGCUCUGUUCCUCUUUCUCUACAUCAUCUGGAAGAAACUGCAUCGAGCUACCUGGGGAGGGUGGUCGCUGGAGUGCCUGCAGGACUGGGGCUCCUUCUUCCGCCUGGCCAUCCCCAGCAUGCUCAUGCUGUGCAUGGAGUGGUGGGCCUACGAGAUCGGGAGCUUCCUGAGCGGCAUCCUCGGCAUGGUGGAGCUGGGGGCCCAGUCCAUCGUCUAUGAACUGGCCACUAUGGUCUUCAUGAUACCCACGGGCUUCAGCGUGGCCGCCAGCGUCCGGAUUGGGAACGCGCUGGGCGCCGGAGACAUCGCGCGGGCCCGGAGGUGCUCCGUGGUCUCCGUGCUGGUCACAGAGCUCUUUGCGGUAGCCUUUUGUGUCCUGCUGUUAAGCUGUAAGGACCUUGUGGGGUACAUUUUCACGACAGACCGGGACAUCCUGGCGCUGGUGGCGCAGGUGGUGCCGCUGUACGCCCUGUCCCACCUCUUCGAGGGCCUCGCGUGCACGGGCGGCGGCGUCCUGCGCGGCAGCGGGAACCAGAAGGUGGGCGCCAUCCUCAACGCGGUGGGCUACUACGUGAUCGGCCUCCCCAUCGGCAUCUCCCUGAUGUUCGCCACCAGGCUGGGCGUGAUCGGUCUGUGGGCGGGGAUCAUCGUCUGCACCGUCUGCCAGGCCGUCUGCUUCCUGGGCUUUAUUGCUCGGCUGAACUGGGAGAAAGCCUGUCAGCAGGCUCAGGUACAUGCCAACAUGAGACGACCCGUGGCCCAGGAUGGGACGUCGCUGGCUCAGGACCUACUUGACCCAGGGGGCCCUGGGAGCCGGGGAGAGACCGGGGUGAGAGACGCUGGAAAGAAAGACGAAGCCCCGCUGGAUCAGCAGCUGCACCAGGAAGCGGCCCCUCGGAGGCCGAGGCCCCGGCCGCCGGCCGGCCUGACCGGGAGGCAGCUGGCGCUGCGGCGGGGGCUCCUGCUGCUGGGGCUCCUGGCCGUGCUGCUGGCGGGCGUUCUGGUGCGGGUGUGUGUCCGAGCUUAGGGCGGCGGAGAGAGUCGGGCCAGUAAGACUCUUGAGCUCACAAGCAAAUCAUAGGCACCGUGGGGAUUUGUCUGCAGGUAAGGCAAGUCAGCCGUGCCCACGGCUUUCAAGAACUGAGAGUUCAAAGACGUAUUUUCCAAGGAAGAAAAUGAACCAAGUAAAAGCUACGUUCUUACCACGACAAUGUCUGAGAAGUCACGUCAGCGGGAAGUUCAUCCCCCACGGCCUCGCCAAGGACCACUGUGCGGACUGCAUUCCUCGUGGCUUUGCUGUUCUGCUCACUGUUUCUUUAGAUACAAACCCAUGUGCUGAGUGCUUAAGGGCUGCUGCUAUCUGAAUUAUUUAAAAUAUGUUACAAUAUA